AUGUGGAGCUCGGUUACAUCUGCUGGUGUGGAAAAUGGACCUGCACCCCCAUCUCGAAGUAAACAUAGUGCAACCCUUCUGGGUGGCCACGUUUACCUUCUGGGAGGUCGGAAUGGUAAUCUGCCUCUUAAGGAUCUAUGGCGAUAUAGUCUUGCUGAAAGCAGAUGGGAGGAAUUGCAUCCGGGAGGUGAAAGACCUCCAGCACUUCAGGAACAUAGUGCAGUAGCUUACAAAGACUGUCUUUACGUUUUUGGGGGAGAACUUGGAUUUUCUGCUGGAGUUGAAACACCGCUUUGGUGUUACGCAGUCAAGACUAAUUCGUGGAGAAAAAUUAGAGCUCAGAGGGGAUGCGCAGUUCCCAGAGGACGCAGAGGCCACACAGCUUUGGUGCAUCGGGGGCAGAUGUUAAUUUACGGUGGAUACCAGGAUUUGCGAGGAAGUUCUUCCGAGCUUUGGGCAUUGCAUUUUGAAACUGAAUCCUGGCACCUUUUAUCGUCAAGCGAAUGUGGACCAGCUGCUCGACACAAACACUCUGCAGUUUUGCAUGGAGAUGCGAUGUAUGUUUAUGGUGGAAUGACGGAUCUGCAAGAAAGAAGUGAUUGUUGGCGUUGGGAUGUUAAUACAGCCUCCUGGUGUAUAUUGAAAAAUAAGCCAGGACCGGGACCUCUGCAUGGACAUGCCGCCUGCAGAUUACCAAGUUGUAUGCUGAUUUUUGGCGGAGAGAGUGGAGGACUGGCUACCAAUGAACUUUGGAGGUUUCAUUUUGGAACGGAAACGUGGGAGAAACUAGCAGUUCCGGGACCAAAGCCUCAACCAAGAGCGGAAAGCGUCGCUCUUGCCGUUUCCGAGCUUGUAAUUCGUGGCACUAGUAUGGACAACUCGAAACCUAGGCCAAGAAGUCAAAGGCCCAGAGGUCCUUGCGGCAGAAUAUCACCCAAUGAGGCGCCUACAAGACCUAGUUUUCUUAAGGAGAUUUCAAAGCUGUCGCAAAUUAAUUUAUCGAGGCUUAGUCACCCCAAUAAAUGCAGCUACUCUGUACUAAGUGGUCACGACGACAUAGAAGAGAGUUCCAAUGAUAAAAAAGAAGCAAUCUCGUAUUUUCCAUUCCAGCAAGUGGACGUGGAGAUAGUGGAACCAUCGACUGGAAUGGUCAAAUCUCGAAGUGCCAACACUUUAGCCCGAAGACGACAAAAAAAUCCAGAAACGCCAAGAACUUCAGAUCCAGUCAAUUUCGGUAUGUCGAGGGAUCCUAUAUCGGUUCCGAAUUUUAGAGCCUUGACCCUGCCGACUCCAGUGUUGACUCCAGUCGAGGCUUCGCGGCUCGUUUUCGUCGAUCCUGACGAGGACAGUGACGAGGAUCAUCAGGAACCUCCAACCUCAAGAUUAAUCGAAGUUCCAGAAGAGGAAAGGGACUUUGCGUCCUUUCAUCAGGCUUGCCAACCGACUCGAGGUGAGAGUUACAGUUCGCACCUCUACGAGGCUGUCCAGACACCAAAAACCCCAACCACUGCAAAAAUUCCAACUUCCGCAUCCGUCCGAUUUGCUGACCUUGAAGAGGGUGAAGAAUCAACCUCCGAUUAUGCAAGUAUAGAGGCCCGAAGUCCAGGUGAUCCUCUAGGAGAUGACGAAUGGCCCAAAAAGACGAAACAGCGAACUUCAAUCUUAAAAGAAGGCCAAUUCGGGUUUUGCAAUCCGAACUACCUGGGUCUCGAUGCCACCAACAAUGAUGCGAAAUAUGCCAAAGUGUUAAAUAGCCCUCCUGACAGUGUUCUUGAAGAUGAGCCAGGAAGGUCUGCAUCCCAGACUUUCACAGAGUUGCUAGAGUUGCAAGAAAUUAGGCCCAGAGCACCACCAAAAAGUUUGCCACUCAAUUCACCUUCUAGGAGAGCUGUCAGUGCCUCCAGAGCAGAAAGGCAACGGGAAAAAAUGGCAGCCACUGAAACUAGUACUCCGGCUCCAGCUCCUCUUUAUGUUUUUUUGGUUGGUGGAAAAGAAAAGGGUCAGGUCACUGUUUUUGCGAGGCCAGUCUCUCUAUGGAAACUACAACUAGCACCUCAUAUUUUCUAA